AUGGUGUAUGCAUGUGUGCUUGCGUGCAGUCGGAGGAGGAUCAAGUGCGACGAAGGGCACCCGUGCCAGUCCUGCCUCUCUUCAAAUUCGGCAUGCACAUUUGAGGAGCCCGGCAAACGGACACACCCACACAAAUCCAAACGCGCCGCCACACUCGAGGAUCGCAUGCAGCAGCUUGAGACGCUCAUCCAAGCUAUUCCCCCGCAAGUGUUCGCGGGCGCAGGGGCUCUAGGGGCGGGGCUGCCACAGUCGCCCGUGGACCCUAGCACCAGUCCGCAUGCAUCUUUCGCCUCCUCUACACACAUCUUCCCGACCGCGGUUCCACCCCCCUCACUGACAGCCUACCCCCUGAUCAACCCUUCCACCUUCUUCGGCCCCAUGAAGACUAGCUCACGCAACUCAAGCCCAAGCACAGGCAUGAACUUUGGUGCUUCUUCAAGUGCUAUGAUCCAGGAGCCCAUCGCGGAGGAGACGUCGCGCAUGUCGCUUGCGUCCUCAUACCUGUACUUCGACGACGAGGGAUACACGCGUUGGCAGGGCGAGACGUCCGGCCUACCCAUCCUCGAUUUGCUCGUCGAGCGCCAUGCUGUCGUCACAAAACCAGACCCUGAUCGCGGGCCCACUCCGCAGCAGCAACAGCACUGGAAGGGACCAAAUGGCCAACCUCCAAAUGACUGGUUCCCUGAUCGCCAGCCGAGGCGUACGGAAACGAAUCCAGAGCAUAUAUGGAAGCUCAUCACCACCUUCAUCGUUCCCGAGCUCAUGGACAGCCUUGUUCAAUGUUACUUGUCGACGUCAUACUACCUCAUGCCCUUCCUGCAUGUUCCAAGUUUUCUAGCGGACUAUGGCAAUCCCCGGAAAUGGGGCGAGCCAGGCUUUGCUGCUUUCAUCGUCGCCAUAUGCUGCUUAUCUUCAAGACACAUCGACGACCCGCGCGUGCGCGCGGACCCAAAUGACAGCAAUAGCGCGGGCACACAAUGGUUCGAUCUCUAUCUGCGAUUGCGGACGUUGCCUGGCGCGGACAAACCCACGCUGUACACCAUUCAGUCGGUCUUUAUAGCCGGUGUAUACGCGGUUGGCCUUGGGAAGCUCUCGAAGGCGUUUGCACUGCUUGCCGAGUCCGUGACGAUGUCCUUCGACGCGGGUCUCCAUCGGUCCUCCGAUGACUACGACCUCUUCGACCCGAUUGAGGACGAGGUGCGGAAGCGGACGUUCUGGUGCGUCUACCUGUGGGACAAGCAGGCGAGCGCGCACUUUGGCCGGCCGCCAAUGCUGCGGCUACGGGACUGCGACGUCGGCGAACCGACGAUCGUCGACGACGAGUUCAUCACGCGCGACGGCGUCGGCAUGCAGCCCCCCGAGACAGAGAGCCGGCUGAGCGCGUUCGUGAGCUGCGUGCGGCUCUUCAUCGUGCUCGAGUCCGUGAUCGACGUCCCGCCGUCGCGCCCGGGCGACGGCUCGCCGUUCCUCGCGCGCGCGUCCGCGGUGCUCACGGGCUUCCGGCGCGGGAAGGAGCUGCGCGAGGAGGAGGCGCUGCUGGACGAGAUCGCGCGCGCGGUGCCCGCGCACUGGGCGCACUCGGUCGAGACGAUGACGAGCAACGACGUGAUCCGCGUCACGCAGGCGGAGCGCAUCCACUGCGUCGAGCAGUACGUGCGCAUGCUGAUUUACCGCCACCGGUUCUCGGAGAACGUCGCGGAGCGCAUGCAUAACCAUGUACCGGACUCGGACCAGGGCGAGGCGGAGAUCGAGGCGAUGCGCGCGGCGCACUCGUGUGCGCUGCAGAUCAUCUCGUCGCAUUUGCACAUUGCUGCAAAGGGCUUGAUGACUUACUAUGGUGUCCAUGUUAUCCACCAGUUGACCGCGGCUGGACGCACAUUGGUCGCGAUGCUCCUCAACUGUCACUCAGACUCGUUACGGCCCCUUAUCCCCCCUGCAUUGGAUGCCCUGCGCUCAUGUGUGGGUCUUUUAAGACGCUUCAGCGGCCGCUACAUCUGCGGACAACGAUCCGGAGACCUUAUGGAAGAGUUCUGUCGCAUCACACAAAUACCCCUCGAGACACCGCGCCCGCAAGACGGCGCACCAUCGAGCACUCGGCCACCCUGGGUCCGCCCCGUACGCAAAAAGGCAUCGUCAAACGCGCGGUCCCCGGCAGGCUCGGGCGACUCGCCCUCGCACCACGGCAGCCCGGAGGACUACCAGCCCACAGACGCGUUCCUCGACCACCUCGGGGGCAGCCCGCGCUCCGCCGCACAGCCCGCGUUCGGGCUCUCGGGGGGCGCACAGGGCAUGUCUGCGUUCAUGGACACCGGGGGCCCGUCGCCGAUGAACAUCCUGCCGCCGGACCCGGGCGUGGGCGCGGGCGGGGUGGGGAUGUCGACGGCGGACAUCAUGGCGUUCUUGAAUUCGGACCCUGCGCUGGACAUGAGCUCGAUCCUCGCGUCGCCGGACCUCGGCGGGCUGGAUCACCAGACGAAUGGGUUCUAUCACCUUGGGGCGUCUCCUGCGGGCACUGGGCCUGCGGGCGCGUUGUCGCCGUGA